AUGUACGAUCUAAGAGCUCUUAUCAGGUACUCCGGUGCAGCGGAUCUCCGAAGAGCUUCGUCGAUUAGGUUCCACGGCGCCGAGUUGAAAGCGUUCUUAACGUCCAACGAGAUGAGUACGCAUAGGUGCCUGUCCUUCGCUGGGCCGCGAUUGGCUCUCUCGACCACUCUCAGGACAUCCUCAACUGCGUCAGUGGUUGACAUUGACCGUCUGAAACCAUACUGCGAAUCGCUGAUUGCUCCGGUACCUACGAUGUGCUCCUCAAGCCUGUUGAGCAAAAUCCUCUCAAAGACCUUGCCAGCCCCGUCUAGCAGACUAAUCGGCCGGUAA